AUGGCAAUUAAUCCAGUCUGUAUCCCUCCAGAGGAGGUACGCAAGGCCAUUGACGGUGCAUUAGAAAAGGUUGCCAAAGGUCUACGCGGGCUUAACCAAUUUAUCUGGUCCAAUCCCGAACUCGCCUAUGAAGAACACAAAGCCCACGAUGCAAUUUGCAACUUUCUUGAAGAGCAGGGCUUCACUGUUACCCGUCACGCCUACGGCCUCGAUACCUCCUUCGAAUGUAUCAGCGGAACCGAGGGACGACUUGUCAACUUCAAUGCAGAAUAUGACGCGCUCCCAGGUAUCGGGCACGCAUGUGGCCAUAACCUUAUCGCAACAGCCAGUAUAACUGCGUUUUUGGCACUGGCUCAUCUGCAGAAGGAAUAUAAUAUCGGUUGUCGGGUUCAGCUGCUUGGAACGCCGGCCGAAGAGAAUGGCGGUGGGAAGGCGAAAUUGCUCGAUGCGGGCGCAUAUAAGGAAGUCGAUGUUUCUCUCAUGGCGCACGGCGGUCCAAAGAACAUCAUCGGGAGACCCAGCGAUGGUGUCGCGGGUAUUCUCAUGAACGCACGCAAGGAGCUGUACGUGGAGUAUUUCGGCAAGAAUGCGCAUGCCGGUGGGAAUCCUUGGGAGGGCGUGAACGCACUCGAUGCGUUAGUAAUGGCCUACAAUGGCAUUUCUGGUCUGAGACAACAGAUUAUGCCGGAUGAGCGGAUUCAUGGUGCCUUUUUGGAUGUGCCGAAGGUUGCAAAUAUCAUUCCCGCGUACACGAAGUCGUACUGGCAGAUUCGAAGCCCAAGUCUGGGGGGUCUGGAUAAGCUUAUUGCGCGGGUGAGAAAAUGUGCCGAGGGUGCUGCUGUUACGACUGGGUGUGAGGUUAAGAUUGAAGAGAAGGAAUUAUAUACCGAUAUUGUGCUAAACGAUACCCUUUGCGAGCGGUAUGCCUUACACAUGGAGGAGCUCGGCCGGACAUGUGUGAAGAAAUAUGAGAAGGUCUUGACUGGCUCCACUGAUGCCGGAAAUGUGAGCUAUGCUGUUCCUACCCUUCACUCGAUGUUUGGUAUCCCGACUCCUGAAGGUUCUUACCCCCAUCACCCGUCUUUCACUGCGAGUGCAGGAACCGACGAUGCGCAUGAGGAGGCUGUUGUCACUGGUAAAGGCUUAGCCUUGCUUGGCUGGGAUAUGCUGACCAAUGACGAACUUUUCACUGCUGCGAAAUCUCAGUGGGAGGGGCAGGUACCAGUUGCUGAGAAGUAG